GUCUUCCUCUCUUCUAAAGGGUUGUUUUAGGGCUCGCUUACUGCGCUACACGGCUUUUAGGCGGCUGCCUCUUCUUUCUUCUUCUUCGCCUCGAACGUCUUUUAGGGUUUCGAAUUUUUCUCGGCAAUGGACCCUUACGGAACGGAAUCAGUCGUGGAUGAGGAGGAGAACCACGAGGUGAAACCAUCCGAAGAUCAUGUUGAGGACGAUGACGACAAAUCUCAGCCUCAAUCUGGCGGUGGCAUCGAUAGCGCUGGAAAGAUAUUUGUUGGAGGUUUAGCCAGGGAGACAACUUCAGCUGACUUCGUCAAGCAUUUUGAGAAGUAUGGAGAGAUUACAGAUUCUGUGAUUAUGAAGGAUAGGAAAACUGGACAGCCCCGAGGGUUUGGUUUUGUUACUUAUGCUGAUUCCUCUGUGGUCGACAAACUUAUCCAGGACAAUCACAUUAUUAACGGGAAGCAGGUUGAGAUUAAGCGGACGAUACCGAGAGGAUCCAUGAGCUCUAACGAGAUCAAAACCAAGAAGAUAUUUGUUGGUGGAAUCCCUUCAACUGUUGAUGAUGAUGAGUUUAAGGAGUUCUUUAUGCAAUUUGGAGAGCUGAAGGAACACCAGAUUAUGCGUGAUCACGCAACUGGAAGAUCCCGUGGGUUCGGCUUUGUUACAUAUGAAAGUGAAGACAUGGUUGAUCUCCUCUUGGCAAAAGGGAACAGAAUUGAGCUCGCAGGGACUCAGGUAGAGAUAAAGAAGGCAGAGCCGAAGAAACCAAACUCGGUAACAACCCCUUCAAGGCGGUUUGGUGACUCACGCUCCAACUUUGGCGGAGGUUAUGGAGAUGGUUAUGGUGGAGGACCCGGCGGAGGAUACGGUGGUCCAGAUGGUCCUUACAAAUCUGGUGGCUAUGGAGGUGGCCGGUCUGGUGGCUAUGGAGGGUACGGAGGAGAGUUUGGCGGGUAUGGCGGCGGUGGAUAUGGUGGUGGUGUUGGACCUUAUAGAGGAGGAGAACCUCCACUUGGGUACUCUGGUCGUUAUGGAGGAGGAGCCGGUGGUGGUUACAACAGAGGUGGUUACGGCAUGGGAGCUGGAGGAGGAGGGUACGGUGGUGGACCUGGAGAUAUGUAUGGCGCUCCGUACGGUGAGCCAGCAGGUGGUUAUGGUGGACCAAGUGGGAGUUACGGAGGUGGAUACGGGAGCGGUGGUGGGUAUGGUGGAGGAGGCUAUAGAGGGAGCGGUGGUGGGUAUGAGAUGGGUGGUACUGGAGUUGGAGGCGGAGGAGGUUACCCUGCUGGCGGUGGAGGAGGUUACCCUGGUGCUGGAGGAGGAGGAGGAAGUAGAGGAGGGUAUGGAGGUUCGGGACGAUACCAUCCUUAUGGAAGGUAGAAAGUUCCAUAAAAGCUUUCAAUCUUCUUUUACUUGUUUGUUUCUGUCAUGUAUUGGUUAUCAAGAAUGAUAGCUAGAGAGUAAUACUGUAUGGGUGAGAGAAGAGGCUUAUAGGGUUUGAUUCCCAGAGAUUAGUUUUAAUACAUUCAUAGAUAAUUGCCAGAUUAUUCUUUUU